AUGGCAAAGCCACCUUUCCAAGAUACCUCUCUGCCUUGCUGCUUCAUCAUCCUCAUCUUCCUGCAGCUGCUGCUCACAGUCGUACAUGGAGACGGAAAAGUCAAUUUUGAUGUCAUUGGACCUGAGAAUCCUAUUCUGGCCAUAGUGGGGAAAGAUACGGAGUUACCAUGCCAUCUGUCCCCCAACAUCAGUGCCGAGGACAUGGAAUUGAGAUGGUUCCAGCCCACAACAGCUUGGAGAACUCUGCUUCUGGUCCUCAUGGCACUGGGAUUUGUAACAGUUGGAGCCAUCUGCGUCUUCCAGAAACGACAAAGGAAGAAAACCAGAAAACAGUUGGAUGAAAUGAGAGAGCAGCAAGAAAUGGAGCACCAGUCUCGAGCCAGUGGUGACGGGCUCCAACUGCUCUAUGACACUACCAAUCCCAAACUCGUUCUGUCUGAGGAUCUGAAAAGUGUAAGCCGACUGAUCUUCGAGCAGUACCUACCUGACAAUCCUGAAAGAUUCGACCUAGACCCCUGUGUUCUGGGCCAGGAGCGAUUCACCACAGGGAGGUACUACUGGGAAGUUGAGGUGGGAAACAGGAGAGCCUGGAAUCUGGGUGUUUGCCUUGAGAGUUUAGAUCGGAAGGGAAGAAUUCCCAAGUCACCAAAGCAUGGCUUGUGGGCUGUGGAGUUUUACAAGAAGAAACUCUGGGCUCUCACAUUCCCAAGGACGCGCCUUCAUUCUCCCGAACCUCUGAACCGAGUGGGCAUUCUUUUGGACUGUGAAGCUGGAAACAUCUCCUUCUAUAACGGGGCUAUUGGAUCGCACAUCUACACAUUCGCUGGAGUCUCUUUCUCAGAUGUCCUGCGGCCUUUCUUCUGUCUCUGGGUACAUGACCCAAGCCCCGUGACCAUCUGCUCAAUGUCCAGUGAGUCAGGAGAGGUGGCUGAUCCUCUGGAGGCCUCUGAGCUCCCCCAGGGGGUCCCUGUGACUCCCAUCAGAGAGAGAACAUUCUCAAGGGACAGAAACCCUCUUUGGACAAGGCCCAUGUUCCUCUCACCACAGUCCAGCCCAACUCUCCAGAAGAAACACAUCCUCGUCUAA